UUCCAUCUUGUUCCUCCCCAAAGCGGAGCGGUGUCGUUGUUGUUGUCGUGGGAUAAUAAUGGCGGCAGCUGGAGGCGGAUUUACUGCCUCGGUUGUCUUCGCGGGUGUGAGCCCGGCUGCCCCGGCACGGUGUCGCUUUCCGGGGCGACCUUGGCCAUGUCGCAGUCGUCAGAAGACGGGGAGGCGUUCGCGGGUGGCUCGGUUGGGGUCGGCGGCGGCGGCGGCGGGCCCGGGGGAGCCGAGGAGGCCCGGGAACGCUGAGCUCGCGCUGCGGGAAGAUCCGUCUCUACUGCGCGUGCUGAGGCUCAACGAGCGGCUCGCGCGCCAGAACGAGGCGGGUUUCUGCACGAGCGGCAGCGAUGAGGAGGGAGAUUUCACAGGCUUCCAGACUGACUGUCAAUGGGCUUUACGCUCUGGACGAGCGGUUACACAAAAAAGUUCUGUUAAAUCCUCUUCAUCCUCAAAGGAGAAGCUGUUUCUUGCUCCUGGUCCAUCUGCAAACAAGGUCACCACUGCAAAAAAAGAAUUACGGGUGACUACAGAAAUGGAGAGAGCAUCUCCCUCAGGGAAACAGGAGAGGGAGGGUGGAAAACCUCAGCAGAACGUUGGGAAACCCAAAUUAGUUGUUAAGCUGGCUACCAAAAAGAUAACCAGUAAGAAUCUGCCAAGGGAACCAACUUUGCGCAGGGGUCAAAGGAGACCAUCUGAGAAGGAGAAAGGGACCAAGUUGUCACAUGAAGAAAAUGGAGGUGUAGAAGAUGAAGUAUUGGGUGAGCCAAGCACGGAUGCUGAAGGAAAGGAGACGCGGCAGGGACGUACCAGUCAGAGGAGGCGGGGGAAGUUUGUGUGGAAUUUAACGUUAAUUAAGCAGAGAGGAAGAAAUUCCAAAAAGAGCCUGGCUGAGAAUUUGGGCAGACAUACCCGGGGAUAUCAUGCAAGGACUGCUGAAUCAGGCACAGCUCGGGAGAGAGCGGUUAGGGAUGAACUUGCUGUUGACCAAGAUGCAUCCGAGUCUCCAAAACCUGUUGCCAAACCGAAGAAGGUCCAGAAAGUUAUGACUGCCUCUCUGGAAGAGGAAGAACAGGAGAAGGUUGUUUCUCCUGAUGGAAGUAACGGCAUGCCAACGAAAGGCAUUAGUCCGCUUUCUCCCAAAUUGCCUCCCCGUACCUUAAAGCGACGCAGGUCUUUAUUUGGCUGUCGUAGGAAGCCGGAGCAGGAGGCAUUGCUCAAAAUGAAGAAGGCCCAGUCAUCGGUUGAGAGUAGAGUCCCCAGGAAAAGGCGGCGGUUUGUCUGUUACACCUACGAACCAGUGGAAUCGCCGGUGACUCAAGAGCAGUCACAGGAGGUACCAGUACAGGUGGUGAGUCAGCAGGGACUCCUAGACAGCAUGAUUAGUGGUCGACCAUCCCGGGUGAUCAGGGUACCGAAAAGGUUCAUGGAUGAAGAAGGUAUGUCUGGGCUGCAGGGAAAGAAGGCUGUUCAAACUGACAAUCAAGAUGAUGACUCUUGCAGUGACUCAGAGGAAGCAGGUUUUUCCCAAAUUGCAAAGUUUGGAAGCAAACAAAAGGGUGCAAACAAAAGGACCGUAUGUGAUGAGGAAUACAUUGUUGGCAAGUCUGAGGAAUGGAAACCAAGUGGCCUGACUGGUGGUCCCCGAAAGAAAGUUGGGAGAUCAGCUUAUGAUUCGGCUCGUCUCAAAAUCUACGAGAGAUUAAAGAUGCUUACGGCAAGCCUGACUCGGAGGAAAGAGCAGCGAAUGGCCAGUGCACGUUUCCCAGCCCUUGGUGAAAAAGUAGAGUGUCCGAGUCAUGGUGCAGGCAAAUCUCCAGGUUCUAGAGAGCUGAAAAAAUGGGGGAGCUCUGAUCUCAAGAUAGGUGAUCUGAACUGCCCAGGAGUUGUACAUAAAGUAGCUAUACAUGCUGAUGAUCAGGUGAUCAGUCAGUCAGCACUUUCAUCUUUUGAAGGACUUGAAACCAAAGUAGAUGCAGAGAGAACCAGCCUGGAGGGUGCUUCUGACGUACAGAGCACGGAUGCUGGGAAGUCCGAGUUGGCGUUGGCACAGGGUAGUUCCAUUCACAAAGUCAACAUCUCUGGCGCUAACAAGAGGAUGCUUCACUUGCUGAAGAGGGCCAAGGUGCAGCUGAUUAAAAUUGACCAGCAGAAACAGAUGAAGACAGCUCAGCUGAUGUCUGGUACAGUUCGAAUUGGAGAUGGUGGUCUCAUGAGCAUGAGGAGAAGGAGAAUAGUCAAGACAAACAAGGAAGAGGUUCCUCAGGGACAGCUGAUUGGAGGUCCACGCAUAAAGCACGUGUGCCGGGCAGCGGCAGUGGCACUUGGGCAGCCUCGUGCCAUGGUACCUGAAGACAUCCCCAGACUCAGUGCUCUGCCUUUACAUGAGCGAGAAGGCAUUGCACCCUCACAAGACACAGAGGAUCUCGGCUCUCACUCGGAACCAGAGAGCACCGGCUCUGUUGAACAAAGGCCAGCGUACAGACAGAAAGCUUUUGGUCUGCGACGGAGACGCUGCUUUAACUGCAAGGGCUGUUGUCGGGAAGAGGACUGUGGGACCUGUGUGUUCUGUUUGGAUAAGCCAAAAUAUGGAGGACCCAAUAAAAAACGUCAGAGCUGCAUAUAUAAGAAGUGCUUAAGGAUUGAAGAGAACAAAAUGAGACGAGGAAAAGUUCAGAUGAAGCGACGGACUUUGUGCGCCCAAGCCACUGCGUUCAGUGGCGGAGAGGAAGAGGGCGAGGGAGACGGCACGGGAGACGUGCUAAGCACUAAUGCACCAAGCUCCAUCCGGAGGCAGCCGAGACGCCAGGUUCCACGUCGAUGCUUCAGCAACUUGUUAGAGUCUGACUCUACUGACACAGCCGCUUCUGGUGAUGAUGUAGCAAAGGAACAGAGCAGUAGUGAACCAAGUAUUAAGGCUAAUGAUACUCUUACACAUCCUGAAGCUCAAGAUGAGGCAGUGAAACCACGAAGGCCCGGUGUACCGAGAGGACUGUGGGGUCGCCGACGAAUUAAUAAGAGCUCAAUGGAGUAUACGGCACCCAGUGUCCUGGCUACGCUGGCCAAAGGCUUUGCACACCGGGAACGACAGACACCGGAGCCAGCGCACAAAAUCCGAGUUGACUUUAAGGAGGACUGCAGCAUUCAGAAUGUCUGGGCCAUGGGAGGCCUGAGCAUCCUCACGUCUGUUCCAAUCACAGUGGAGUGUGUGUGUCUGCUGUGCGCUAGUAAAGGCCAUCACAAUAUGAUAUUUUGUCAGAUGUGCUGCGAGCCCUUCCAUCACUUCUGCCUUCCAGUAGAUGACCGUCCACAGAACGAAAACAAGCAAAACUGGUGUUGUAGGCGCUGCAAAUUCUGCCACGUCUGUGGUCGUAAGGGAAAACAGGGAAAGCCGGUUUUACAAUGUAGAAGGUGCUUUUACUGCUACCACCCUUCAUGUCUCGGGCCCACAUAUCCCAAACCUGGAAAGUCCACAGUGCUGUGGGUAUGCAUGUUGUGUAUUCGGUGCAAGAGCUGUGGGGUGACACCAGGGAAAUCCUGGAGCACUUCUUGGAAUCAUGAGCUGGAUCUCUGCCCUGACUGCAGUAUCCUCCACAAACAAGGGAACUUCUGCACAGUGUGUCUCAAGUGCUAUCCUGAGCAUGAAUUUGACAUGAAGAUGAUGCAGUGUGCUCGAUGUGCCCACUGGGUACAUCCCAAGUGUGAGGGACUCACGGAUGACUUGCAUGAGAUUUUGAAGAGAUUGCGGGGGAAAAGUCUGGUGUUCUCCUGCGCAGCCUGCAGUAAAACUUUCCCUAGUGGCUGGCAGGAGGUGGUGCAGAGUGUACUGCGCAAUGGUCUAGAAAAGCUCAUGAAUGGCUUGAUGAGCUCCCUGACCACCUGUCACCUCUGGAAAUGCUCGGAGUGUGAAGCCUGUUCUGACGAUGGUGUGAAGAAUAGGAAGGUGGUUUGUGAUCUUAAUGCUGUGAGGAGGAAGCUUGAAGAAGGCUUGUAUACUUCACUGAAAUCAUUUCAUGAAGAUGUGGUGACUGUACUAGUUAAGCAGCUACAGCAAGAAGAAUCACUUCCAGAGGAACGGAGACCCACCACCCAAGCUAGAGCUUUAUAUAUAAAAUUACUGGAGCAGACUUUUUCUUGGUUCAACAGUCAGGAUCCUAAAGCAUGGAAGCCUAUAAUGAACGAAUUCCCAAGUGGUAUGCUCCCAGAGGCAAUAAUCCCACCAUCUGAAGAGCACAGUUACGCCCAGUGGCUGGAGGAGCACGACCAUGCUAUGCCAAAUGAGAACCAAGAAAACCAUCAUUUAAAAGCGCAAGGAAAAGAUCCUCAGAAUAUCAACCAGUGUGGUGUAGAUGAAAGACACUGUUCUCUUUGUCAGCAGCAGGGUGAUGCCAAACCCACUGAUGCAGGCAGGCUGCUGUACCUGGGCCAAAAUGAGUGGGCUCAUGUGAACUGCUGCAUCUGGUCGGCUGAGGUGCAAGAAGUCAGAGGUGCGUUGUUGCAUGUGCACAGUGCCGUAGCCAGAGGACGUUUCAUGCGUUGUGAGCGGUGUAGCCAGCAUGGGGCAACAGUGGGCUGCUGCCUCUCUUCCUGCCAGAGUAAUUACCACUUCAUGUGUGCUCGUGCCAGCCAUUGUGUCUUUCAGAGCGAUAAGAAGGUCUACUGUUACAAACACCGUGACCUCAUCAGCAACAAGGUGAUGAAUGGAUUUGAGGUUCUCAGACGAGUUUAUGUCGAUUUUGAAGGCAUUAACCUUCGAAGGAAGUUUCUAACCGGCUUGGAACCAGAGUCCAUUAAUGUAAUGAUUGGCUCUUUACAGAUACACAGAUUGGGUGUACUGACAGAGUUGUCUGCAAAUGCAGGAAAAUUGUAUCCUGUGGGUUACCAGUGCACCCGGUGGUACUGGAGCACGGUCAACCCACGAAAGCUGUGCAAGUACACCUGCAGAGUGACUGACGUACAACCGUCGUCACUAAGGAAAGCGCCAUAUCAAGCGCACAACCGGGAAGAGAACUGCACUAUUGCACACAGCCCAAAACAACAUGAAGAUAUGGACACCACAGAAGCUGGUCUUGCCAUGAAGCUCACCCCCAGUACCCCAUCUCCCAGCUCCAAGCUGGACUCAGGAACAGGAUCUAAAACUACUGGGCACCCUCCUAACAGGAGACCAGCUGGUGGGACAUUCAGACCAUUGCCCUCACCAGGGACUGCAGUUUCUGCUUCCCAUCACAUCCUGACCAUCAGUGAUCUUGAUGAGACGCGCCGAUCAAGAAGGAUUUCCUUACGCAGCCGAAAUGCCUCACCGCCCCAUACGUCCCCUUCUGCACCAAUGAAAUUGUGCUCUGGAGCAGGUCUUCACCCCAGAUCACUCCCAUUUAGCUUGCCUGUCUCUCCACUUCGUCGCAGGGGCCGGCCUCCUUCCUCCCCUUCUGGUGCUACUUCGGCAUACUCCCCUCGGCAAGGUGCAAUCGCAAGCCCCCUUUCAACUUUGGUCUUGUCACCAUGUCAUUCUUCAAGGAUUCAGCAGCAUUUAAAGGUAACACCACAAGAGUCUGCAUACGUACCUCAAGAUUUCUCUGCCUCGUUAGAGCCUGAAGAUGCUGCUGGAAUCCCAGAGGGAGGUAUCUCCAUGAUUGCAGUUAUGAACGAUGGUGACGCAGUGCCACUGUCUUCAGACCAAGAGUUGCUCUCCACACAGUUUGAUACUGACACGGAUGUAGCAGUUGCCUCUGUGUUGAAUGAAAAACUCGAAUUCGAUGAGGCCUUGCUAAAUGAGAAUGUGGCCUUGCACUUUGGCCAGCAUGGCAGUGGAGCAGAAGUUGCAGAGCAGGGACAGGGGUUAUUGAUUGAAGGAAACAGCUUGGUCGAUGACCAUCAAAUUGUAAGCACAGGUGCCAGUAGAUACAGUUCCAGAAUAAAAGAUUUUUCUGGUCUUUCAGCUGCUGAAGAGCAAAUGGAGCAAGAGUCGCCUAACGAAGGCUCUGAUCAUUACUUUAAUUUCUCUCGUACAGUUCUAGUCUGUGAUUCUGCUAAGGAUUCUGCACAAACUGGGUUGACAUGCCUUCCUAGUUCGCAGUCAAUCUCUCAGCUGGAUGGAGCAGACAACAAUUCAGAAAGUGAUGCAGGUGAAGCCAGUGGAGAGGAUGAUGCUCAGGACGUAGGGAAUAGUUAUCAUAGUCAGGGCACAUCAAAUGGCACUGCUUCUGUGGGAAAACCCUCUGGAAGCAGGUUAGUUUGCACUGGCAAAGCUGAGUCCUUUGUGACCGAGUCUGUACAUAUGGGUGACGAGCCAAAUGUGUCCGGGAAAUUUCAGGGAUUGGAAUUCUUACAGAAAAGUGGUGAAAUGAUUGACACCAUUGCUGAGGUACAAUCACAAGAAGCUACAUCUAUGAAGGAUUUAAUGGUGCAAGAGAUGCAGCUGACACCUGAGGCAGAUGUACAAGAUGUGGGGUCAUCGUCUCCCAUGUUUGACGCAAGUGAUCUGCUUGCCAGACACGAGGAUGUUCUAAUGGACAGUGAGCCUCUGGAUCACUUAAAUGAGGUUGUGCUAGAUCUGGAUAGUGAUGCUCAAAAUGGAAGCAUAACGAAUAGGUGUAACUCCUCAGUGUUGGGCAGCCCAGAGAGAGAACCAGAGCAGAUUGUUUUUCCAGAACCACCUCCUUUGAGUAGUGUUGGAAAAGUAAGAAUUAUCACUUCUGGUCCCGCCCCACAUAAAAGUUUAAUUAUCCCACAGCCUGUUACGCAACACAGAGUAGUCAGCAUGGCUGUACCUGGUGUCACGUCAUUGGCGGUGUCUUUACCUGUUAGCAAUGUUUCCACUUCACCUACUCUGUCAGUUUUUCCACAAAGAAACCAUGUGGUCACUUCCUCUCCAGUCGCAAUUAAUGGUCUGGACUCUCAGCUCAAGGAUGCGACAAAGGUCCGGCCUCUUGCCAUCCGGCUUCCUACUUCCACAAAAACAAGUGUGACUGGUACAUUGACAAGCCCACAAGUUUUGCUCGUCAACCGCUCUGGUCAAAUUUUAAUAAAAGACCCACAGACCAAUAGAUACCAGAUGCCUAGUGCUAAUUCACCUUCUUACAGCCAGAUUAGCCAGAUUGCCAAGCUCAUCCACAGUCGUAACCUUGUUCACAGAGCUGUUCCCAGAGUCAUGGUGACCCCAGUACCACAAGUGAACUCCAGCCAAGGUCCAAGCACACAUGUAGUAUCUUACACCAAUGGUAUAGCACCCUCAACUAAAGUUUUGAUCAGGAGACUACCUCAGAAAUCGUCAGCAGUGCAAAUGAACAGCAGCACUAUGCCUAGGAGAGGAAUCUGUGGCAUAAAGCUAAAGAAUGUGUCUGUGCCAAGUACACCAGUGUUAGAAAGGAUCCAAGGGGAGGAUGCACAGGCAAUAAUCGAGAGAGCUAUGGCAAGCCACAGGGACAUAGCAAACCCUCAGGCGCUGAGCCCGUCCCACUUUCACGUCCACCCAUUCCUUAGUAAGCCAAAGUCUCCUGACGUGGAUAAACUGGUUCCAGGGUCUCAUCACCAGAUUAAGCCUAACAUUCUGUCCCAUUCAAGGCCUCAGGUCAGGGUCAAGAGGGUGUCAUCAGUAUCAGAACGACCUGGUUUAAAACAAUGCAAGACCAUGUCCAUGGAGCCAACAGUUCUUAGCUCUCAGGAUGAGUUAAACAGAUCAGCUGGAGUCCGCAUUAAAGCCCCAACCAUUAAGGAGGUGCUGCAUUUUAACCAGCCUGAAGCUGAGAAUCUUGGUGAACCAACGAGUAAUGAAGCCAAAGAAUCUGAACUCAAAAGAAUUAUUCCAAAGGAAUGUGAUCCCUGUGAACUGCAGGAAAGUGAAAGCAAAAAUGAUGAAUGCGUCAGCUCCAGAAAUGGCGAAUUGUCUGACUGGGCACCCUAUUUAGGAUGGAGUUCAGACGAAGAUUCGUCAUCACCAUUUAAGAAUGACCAGGAUGGGUGUCCCAGUCAGGAUAAGCCUCACCUGUGGUUCAAAAUUACUAGUGAUGAUGGCUUCAGUGUGGAGGCAGAUAGCAUAGAGGUGGCUUGGAAAGCAGUGGUAGAUGGUGUCCAAGAGGCACGGACAAGCUACAGGCUUGAGCAGCUGCCAUUGGGCAGAAUGAGUGGUGCCAGGGUCCUUGGUGUUAUUCAUGAUGCUGUGGUAUUCUUGAUGGAGCAGCUGCAGGGAGCCUCACAGUGCUACAAUCACCGUUUCCGUUUCCACCAACAAGAAAAAGCUGAGGAAGAGCUACCAAUAAACCCUAGUGGGUGUGCUCGUGCCGAAGUCUACACAAGGAAAAACACAUUUGACAUGUUUAACUUCUUGGCCUCCCAACAUCGCCAGCUUCCUGAGAGCAGGCUGUGUGAUGAAGAUGAGGAUGAUGUCAGGCUCAAAUGCAGCAGACGUGCAACCAGCACGGAGUUGCCAAUGGCAAUGAGGUUCAGACAUCUUGAGAAAACAUCUAAAGAAGCUGUCGGGGUUUAUAGAUCUGCUAUUCAUGGGCGUGGUCUUUUCUGCAAACGCAACAUAGAAGCUGGAGAGAUGGUGAUCGAGUAUGCUGGUAAUGUCAUUCGUUCAGUCCUGACUGACAAGCGGGAGAACUAUUACAGCAGUAAGGGCAUUGGCUGCUACAUGUUUCGCAUCGAUGACUUUGACGUAGUGGAUGCCACCAUGCAUGGCAAUGCCGCACGUUUUAUUAACCACUCGUGUGAGCCAAACUGCUACUCGAGGGUUAUUAAUGUGGAAGGUCAGAAGCACAUCGUCAUAUUUGCACUGAGGAAGAUCUACCGUGGGGAAGAGCUCACGUACGACUACAAAUUCCCGAUUGAAGACGCCAGCAACAAGCUGCACUGUAACUGUGGUGCUCGGCGAUGUAGACGCUUUCUCAACUAGGCGUAUUACUACUCUAAACAAGCAGGAUCUGUUGUGAGACAACUCGAAUAUGACCACACCACAGCCAUCUGUUAGAGAUCAAAAAUGGUUUGACACUCUGGAUGUGGAAAAAAAAAAAAGUACGUCCCCUGCCAAUCAGAGCAACCUUAGGUGUAUGUGAAAUUGUGUAUAUUGAUGUACGUCCCUAAAUGUGUGUAAUGUAGAAUGAGGAAAGAUAUGGCAGCUGGCUCUACGUGCCUUGGAGGAAACACUUGCUAGCUUUCACCAACACCCCCCACCCCCACCCAAAUUGGUCAUGAUGGAGCGCUAGCUAAUGUGAUUUGGCAUUUAGUUCAUACGAAGGUGGUUGAGUUUUCAGUUUCCAUUCUUUUAUGCCUCUGUGACCGGUUUCAUUUUGAAAAUCCAGAGCAAGUGACUUCAUCACCUUGCGUCCCAUUAAUGAGCGCUCAUAGCCGUAGUGCUGGACCUCAGUCCACCAGAACUUUAGAGUAAAACAAACAACAGUAUUAUUUUAUCUUUUAAAUGUUUUUUUUUUUCUUCCUUUCUUUUCUCUACUGAUCUCAAAGCUCUCCAUACCUGGAGAAUCCACCAUUCGCACCUUAUCAUUGUGGCUCUGUGUUUUUUAUCAGAGUAUCUGGAUUAUUAUAAUUCACUUCUGCUGAAAUCAUGGUUGAGUAAAUGUUUUUAAUGGUCAUUUUCACUGUAUAACUUAACGCACACUCACACGUUUCCCUCGUCAUUCACUUUGCCCGAGUUGAAUAAGAUCUAGCCAGCUCGAGUUGUAUGAUGUACUUCAGCUUCCUAAUUUAAUAUACUUGUACAGUUUAUUUUUUUAUCCCCUUUUGAACUGUAAGAAAACGGGGUGUAUAUAAAAGGUAGGUGUUCAGUGGUCUACACUGGAAAAGUAAUUUUAAAUUUUUAAAUGAAUCUCUAGUUUUUAUACUUUUUUUUUUUUUUUUUCAUUGUGCUUUUGGAGAGUUUACCCCCCUGGAUGUCAACACAUUUCUAGCAUAAGCUGUGAAAUCUUCCAGCUGUAACCAGCACAAUCACAGCAGAUUUGUAAGACAAGUGAGUGCAUACAGCUGUUGUAUUUCGAGAGGUCAAACACGUAACCUGAAGACGGAACCAUCCUUAUGGCUAUAAAUGAUUCCUUUAAUCAGUUCUCUCUUCUUGUAAGUAAUACGAGGACUUUUGGAAAGUCUACUACCUCAGCGGCUAAUGACCAGUGAUGGCUAGUGAAACACCGUGAACAGAAGCAGAAACUUUUGCUAUCAUGUUCUACACUAGCAUUAAAUGUAUGCAAUGUGACUGCAGGUUAUUACUAUUAGCAGUAAUUUUUUUUGUUGUUGUUGUUGUUGCUUUCAACAGGCUUCAGGUCCCUAUUUGUACAUGGUUUGUUUUCUCAAUAUGAAGAGUAAGGAUCGAGUCCUUAAUUUAGCUUGUGGAACUGCUUCCAUGUAAUUUGGCACAGUGGCAAUCUAUGUAUAUAGUUGUACAAAAUUUUGAAUUUUUUUUAUGCACUUUUUUUUUUUAUUUAUAAUGUUCUAAAUGUAAUAAAGAACCUGUUUAAACAAAA